AUGGCCGACAACACCACCCCCGAGGUGGAUCUCGAUAAUGUCAUCGACCGCCUCCUAGAGGUGCGCGGCUCUCGCCCCGGCAAGCCCGUCCAUCUGGAAGAGUACGAGAUCAAGUACCUCUGCCUCAAGGCGAGGGACAUUUUCAUCAACCAGCCCAUCCUGCUCGAGCUCGAGGCUCCCAUCAAGAUCUGUGGCGACAUCCACGGUCAAUACUACGACUUGUUACGCCUCUUUGAAUACGGCGGCUUCCCGCCCGAGGCCAACUACCUCUUCCUCGGCGACUACGUCGACCGUGGCAAGCAGUCGCUCGAGACCAUCUGCCUGCUGCUGGCGUAUAAGAUCAAGUAUCCGGAGAACUUUUUCAUCCUGCGCGGCAACCACGAGUGUGCGAGCAUCAACCGCAUCUACGGCUUCUACGACGACAUCAACCGCAUCUACGGCUUCUACGACGAGUGCAAGCGCCGCUUCAACAUCAAGCUGUGGAAGACGUUCACCGACUGCUUCAACUGCCUGCCCAUCGCCGCCAUCAUUGACGAGAAGAUCUUCACCAUGCACGGCGGCCUCUCGCCCGACCUGCAGAGCAUGGAGCAGAUCCGCCGCGUCAUGCGACCGACCGACGUGCCGGACACGGGUCUGCUGUGCGAUCUGCUGUGGUCGGAUCCGGACAAGGACAUCUCGGGCUGGUCGGAAAACGACCGCGGCGUGUCGUUCACCUUUGGGCCCGACGUGGUGUCUCGGUUCUUGCAAAAACACGACAUGGACCUCAUCUGCCGAGCGCAUCAGGUGGUGGAGGACGGCUACGAGUUUUUCGCCAAGCGCCAGCUCGUCACGCUGUUCUCGGCGCCCAACUACUGCGGCGAGUUUGACAACGCGGGCGCCAUGAUGAGCGUCGACGAGACGCUGCUGUGCUCGUUCCAGAUCCUCAAGCCGGCGGAGAAGAAGCAGAAGUACGCGUAUGGCGGCAUCAACAUGGGUAGGCCCGUGACGCCGCCUAGGAAGCAGAAGAAGAAGUCGGAUGGCAAGUGA